UUUGGGAAGUGGGAGAGCAAGGAGAGGCCUGACAGAAGAGGCACAGGGAAACUGCAACGAGAGGAGAAUAUAGAAAGCAGAGAGCGUUGUUUUGGGGGAUGCAGUGUAGGAAACGGGUGGUGGACUGAAAACUUAGUGUAAAGAAGAGGAGGUAAAAGUUGUUUGAAACAGAGAAGCUGACAGAGGAUCUCUGGAGAUGACAGAAGACUAAAAGUAACAAAACUUAGACAAAAAAAAAAAAGUAUUGAUGACCUAGGACCUAUAAGGGCCGCAUACAUUGUGGGGGAUCAAGACUAGUAACAUGAGAGAGGGGAGGCGGAGAAGAGAGAUAUAAUAGUCCAAGAACUUGGGAAUUCUGAGGGUGAGUAAUGGACCUAAGCAUGAAUCCAAACCUCUAUCAUCUACCUCCAUGUGGGAGCAGCUGAUUCAGGAACGCUAUAGGAUUACCACAUACAGUGAGUCCUGCUACCAUCUACCACAGAGAAAUCCUCUACCACUCUCCUGGCUACUUCUUAUACAGCGGUCUAAGGGAAGAACCCAGUAUUCCAUAGGAACAGAUACUCCGGACACUUCAUGUUUAGUGGCUGGGCAAACACUGCGAAAUUAAGUCAGCAUUUAUUCCUGCAGGAAUUCUCUUUGUGACGUCCCUUGGUAUGGCGGAUGCUGAAAGGGCCCAUCCUAGGAAGGAGGCUGGGAGCAAUGAAAGUUGGCAAAAUGAAGCAGUAUUUCAUGGGACGUCGCUGACAGGAGAUAUAAAGAUGGUAUCUCGACUUCUGUCCCUCUGUCUGCUCAUUGGCAUUUGCCUAGCUGAACCCGAUGCCCAUUUUGAUCCAUCUUCUUGCCGCUAUGCGUUGGGAAUGCAGGACCGGACCAUCCCUGACGAGGACAUUACAGCAUCCAGCGCCUGGUCAGACUCUACAGAAGCCAAACAUAGCAGGCUAGAAAGUAACGAUGGUGACGGGGCCUGGUGCCCAGCUGGGCCUGUCUAUCCAAAUAAUGAGGAGUAUCUGCAGGUGGACCUGAGAAAGCUGCACUUCCUCACCCUGGCUGGCACGCAGGGCCGAGAUGGAGGAGGGCUAGGGAAGGAAUUUGUCCGGUAUUAUCAGCUGCGCUACAGCCGUGAUGGCUACAAGUGGGCCCUGUGGAGAGACCGGUGGGGAAAUGAGGUGAUUGUGGGAAAUGAGAACACGCAAGACUCCGUGCUGAAGGACCUGGGGCCCCCGAUAAUCGCACGCUAUGUCCGGUUCUACCCCAUGGCUGACCGCGUCAUGAGCGUCUGUCUGAGAGUUGAGCUGUAUGGAUGCGUUUGGCUAGAUGGUCUCCGCUCAUACACCUCUCCCCCAGGAAACGUCAUGAACCUCCCCUCAAUGUUAGUUAAUCUAAACGACUCUACAUAUGAUGGACUUACUGCUGGAGGGCUGCACUAUGGUGGGCUGGGGCAGCUGACAGAUGGUGUAAUUGGGGCUGACGACUUCCUCCAUCACAAGGAGCAGGGUGUAUGGCCUGGCUAUGACUAUGUCGGCUGGAGUAACGCAAGUUUCCCGUCAGGGUACCUUGAGAUGGAGUUUGAGUUUGAUGCUCUCCGAGCAUUUACAUACAUGAGGGUGUACUGCAACAACAUGGGCUCUAGAGGGGUCCAGAUAUUCCGCCGUGUGGACUGUUACUUCAAACACUCCUUGCACACUCCAUGGGACCCGCAGCCCGUCACCCUGUCUUUGGCAUUGGAUGUCCGUGACCCGAGUGCCCGCACUGUCACUAUCCCGCUGGCCGGUAGACUGGCACGAAUCCUGCGCUGCAACUACUACUUUUCCAGCAAAUGGCUGCUCAUCAGUGAAGUCUCCUUUCUCUCUGAUGUUGUGGACUCAUCUCAACCGGAAGAACUGAACCCCCUCCCUCAACCCAGAGUGGAGGCAAAUCCCCAACCUGACGUAACAGUCUUACCACCGGUAACCAGCCCACGGAUGACUUCCAGUACAGUGGGCAGUUUCAGCGAGAGCGUUGAUGAGGCUGUCAGCGUCGACAGGAUAAACCAGCCAAUCGUCAAGGACGACACUAACAACACCUCCAUCCUCAUUGGCUGCCUGGUGGUCAUUAUCCUGCUCCUCCUGGUGGUCAUUAUCCUGAUUUUGUGGCGGCAGCGCUGGAGGAGGCUGCUGGGGAAGGCCCAGCACCGUCCCUCAGACAGUGACCUCACCGCCCACCUGUCCCUCCCCUCUGACACUGUAGUCAUCAACAACACCCAGAACCUUUCGCUGACGUCUCGCCACGGAAACCGCUAUGAGCGCAUCCUAACUUCGGAGGGGGAGUACCAGGAGCCAAACCCCCUCACCAAGAUGGCCACCUUGUGCCCCAGCUCUGAUGGUGCAGCUCUGCUGUUAAACAACCCGGCCUAUGAGCUCCUGCUUUCCACUCACAGCCGGCCAAUCACAGAGCCUGGCAGCCUGCAGGCUAAGCCAAUCAACAGCCAGGAUGGGGGUUACAGAGAGUUGGAUUCCCCUAAGCUGCCCGCGGUCUGCCCCCCUAGUGUCCCUCACUAUGCAGAAGCGGAUAUAGUUACUCUGCAAGGAGUGACCGGGGGAAACACCUACGCAGUACCUGCCCUGACUGCGGACUCGCUCCCCUCUAAAGAAUUGCCCCUCAGCAAAUUCCCCCGGGGGCACUUACUCUUCCGGGAGAAGCUGGGGGAAGGGCAGUUUGGAGAGGUUCACCUGUGCGAGGUUGUAAAUCCACACGAGCUCCCCGUUCUGCAGUUUCCGUUCAACAUGCGCAAAGGGAGGAGUCUUCUUGUGGCUGUGAAAUUAUUACGGGCAGAUGCAAAUAAGAACGCCAGAAGCGAUUUCCUGAAGGAGCUGAAGAUUCUGUCCCGUCUGAGUGAUCCGCACAUCAUCCGGCUGUUGGGCGCCUGCCUGGAUGAGGACCCUCUGUGUAUGAUUACGGAGUACAUGGAAAAUGGAGACCUUAACCAGUUCCUGAGUUCCCACCAGCUGGCUGAGGAGGAUGAAAGUAUGGAAGCCGGACACAGCCCUCCCUGUAUCAGUUACCCCAGCCUCCUCCAUGUGGCCUUGCAGAUUUGUUCCGGAAUGAAAUAUCUGUCAUCACUCAACUUUGUGCAUCGGGACUUGGCUUCCCGAAAUUGCCUGGUGGGCGAGAACCUGACUAUUAAAAUAGCCGACUUCGGCAUGAGCCGCAACUUGUACGCUGGAGAUUACUACCGGAUACAGGGCCGGGCUGUGCUACCAAUCCGGUGGAUGGCCUGGGAGUGUAUACUGCUGGGUAAAUUCACCACUGCCAGUGACGUUUGGGCCUUUGGUGUGACAUUGUGGGAGAUUUUAAUGUUGUGCAAGGAACAGCCAUACGGGGAGCUGAACGAUGAAGAUGUGAUUGAGAAUGCGGGUGAGAUCUUCAGAGACGGGAAGAAACAGAUCUAUCUGUCCCGCCCUCCGCCCUGUCCUCCGCCUCUGUACGAGUUAAUGCUGCGGUGCUGGGACCGAGACUGCAGGGAGCGGCCAUCCUUCCAGGACAUUCACGCUCUGCUGACCUCGUACGCCCUCUGCUGUUCCAGCGUGGAAGUGAAGGAGUGAAGUGUUGCCUAGAACACAACACUACAUUUCCUGCACCCUCAUUGAGACACCUUAACCCUCUCACUUAUCCGUUCCUAUAGACUGUAAUCCUCAUAAAAGGGCUAUAGGGUUUAGGAAACAUUUCAUUUCAUCCUGAGCAUCAACCCCUAGAACGGUUUCAUUUCAAUGUGUCUCUCCCAGUCAUAAACACUGAAUCCUCCAAUCAUAGGAUAAACAUGCUACGUCCGAAUACAUACAAUGUGAGCACUACACUGAAUCUGCCAUUGCUGCAGUCUGGAUAUCAGAUUUAUACUUUUAUAAUGUCAUCUGGGAAACGCAAUCACCAGGACAGACUAUGCCCCUUCCUUUGUCUAUAUUGUAAGGGUACCUCUUACUUGAAGUCGCCUACACAGGGUGGUGGCUGAACCAAUAUCCACUGUAAUGCCUCCUGUCUAUUCACUGUUAACAUCACCAAGGCACAAGUUCCUAGCAAAUCAAUAGGCUGAAUUUGCAGGAAUAUGGCUUUCACCAGUGCACGCACUUUAAUGUCUUCUUACAGAUCAUAUAGGGGGAGUUUUAUCAAACCUUUGCAGGAGAUAAAGUACUAACCAAUCAGCUACUGUCAUUUUACAGGCUGUGUUUGAAAAAUGAAAGUUAUGCGCCGAUUGGUUAGUGUUUAACCCUCUCCAUGCUUUGAUAAAUACCCCCAUAGUCAGGAACAUAUCUCAGUCUUCUCUUUUUAAAGAGAACACUGAACAAAAUACAUGACCUUUAGCUCACGUUUAGUGGAGUCCCUACUUCUCAGCUCCCAUGCUCUUUAAUAAUGUUACAACAUUCCACCUCUAAGAUCCCCAUUAUACAAUACAGCUAUUUAGUCUUGCUAGCAUGCCAUAAAUUGCCCCUGAGGUGAAGACCAUCCUGUUACACUUAACAUAUUGGUAAAUAAGCCUUAUGACUGCCCCUCAGCCACUUUCGUUCUUACAUUUGCCACUGCUAUCUCCCAGCACCCCCUGCCGUACAAUACACGUCUUACUGCUAGUGUGCACUGGGUACUCUGGGCUGCUAUAUAUUGCUUAAAUGCACAAAAAUCAGGGAUGGGAUGAAGGAUUUUGUUUCAGACAUACAUAAGAUUUCUGACUCAAGGACUUGUUAUUUCAGGAAUGUUAAAUAUGAAUGGCAUCCUUCAUACGACAUCUCCUCUGUAAUCCCACACACUGAAAUCCCUAUUGAACAAUGGUUCCGAGCAGGGGAACCACCCUCGCCAAGAUGCCUUACAGUCCUGUCAAUGUGCGCAUCUGCUGCUGUACAAACCCAGAGGGCGGACAGCCUUCCGUAACACUCCUUUGCUUUAACAGAUGCCGUAUUUGUACAACCACUGUUACACAUACCAGCAAAGAGAUUUAGGUUUUAAAUUUGGUUUGACUCCAACUGCCACUCUAUUGUUUAAGAUGAAGUUUCCUAAACUCAGUCCUCAAGGCACCUUAACAGUCUUUUUUAAGGAUAUCAAUGCUUUGGCACAGACAGUUAAAUCAAAGUGACUGAGGUGCUAUUUGAGCCACCUGUGCGCAAGCAUGGAUAUCCUUAAAACUUGGACUGUUAAGGCCCCCAUACAUUACUGCGAUUUCUCCUACGGGAGAAAUCCCAGCCGAUGCCCCUCGAGCCGCCCGGGAGCUUCCCGGGCAGCAGGAUCGCAUGCGGUCCUUUUACAUGCGAUCCUUGCAUAUUGCAUGCGAUCCCGCCCGACUCAGUGGUCAGACCUGCACCACAUCCGAUCUCUGAUUCCGAUGCGCACGGGUCCGCGCAUCGGAUCGGAUGUCAAACACAUCCGAUUUGGCCACUUUUCGCCCAAUUUUUUUCAUGAUCUGUCGGAAUCGGGUGAAAAGUGGCCAUAUCGGACAAGUGUAUGGCCAGCUUAAGGGUAUCUUGAGGACUGAGUUUGGGGAAAAACAUUGUUCAAGACAAUACUCCAGAUCGCAUCUCAUCUUUGCGUUACGGCUGUAACGGUUUCACUAGAGGAACGAUGACAGCUUACAGCCAUCCAAACACUGGACAAUCCCAAUCACUGUAGCAACAUCUCCAGGAUACGCGACUCUCUUUGAUCCUCUGUAAAUUGCAGUAAGCGCUCCUAUGGUGGAAGUUACCAUGGAACUGAAAUCACUCCGUUCGGCAGUGGACAUUUUAGCAACAUUUACAUCAGCUUCCAAGUUGACAAAAGCAUUCUUUCUUCCAGGAAAACGGAGUGGACUUGGGCAAAUAUUUAUUUCUCUCCAUCUUUUCAGUCAACAUUGAUAAAGAAAUUCUCCAUAUGCAAUUACGAAGCUCUUAUAUGAUCUUAUGAUACUUUAAGGAAAUUUGUUGAAUUUUUGCGCAGUUUAGAAAAAAGUAAUUGAAUCUGUUUGUAUCCUAAUCAAAAAGACGGAUGAAAAAUCUGUUCUUCAAUAUAUUAAAAUUUUUUGAAAUAAUCCUAAAAUUUGUGGGGGUCAACAAAAUAUAUAUUUUUAGUUUAUUGGUGUGCAGAGAAGUCAGGGGACUACUGACAUGCAGAUAUGGAUACGUCUGAUGAAAGACGCCGUAUGCAAGUAGAACCACCGGAUAUUAAUUUCAGUGUCUCUCUCCGUGGUCACCCAGUUGUGGAAGUGUUAGCACCUUGGGAACGAGCUGCAACUUUUCGAAAAGAAAUGGACAACUGUGGAUGGGGUGAAGUCCUUUAUUUAAGCUGUAAAUUUGGACCUUGGUUUGAAUCUUAAUGGAUUGUCCCAGCUGAGCCCAAUUGUGAAAGGGCUUGGACACUUGUAUCCCAAUUUUACUGCUACCGCCUGAUGUGUAUAUAUAGUACUGCUAAUUUAAAGCUUUUAAAAAUGAGAUUGUGUUACAACUUUUUUUUUAUAUGAUGUUAAUAUAUAGAUUUGCAGAAUAUAUCACUAAUUUGCAGAAAUAAAGAUUGCCUUUUUUUCUAGA